AUGAAGCUGGCAAUUAUAAUUCUGUCCUUAGCGGCCUUUGGGUCCGCCGAUUUAUUGAACAACAUACUUUCUCCAAAUACGGCUUAUGGAUACUUGACUAAAUAUGGUAUACCUGAAGCCGAAAGGAUCAAGAAAGCUGAAGAAGAAUAUCUGCGAAACAAAUCUAUUAUAAACAGAAUUGCUGGCGGCUCUCCUGCUGCACUGGGACAAUUCAAAUACCAGGCCGGUCUCAUAAGUGAUAUCCUUGGUAGCUCAGGAAAAGGGGUAUGCGGAGGUUCUCUUCUUACCACAAACCGAGUGUUAACAGCUGCUCAUUGUUGGGACGAUGGAAGAAGCAAAGCCUGGAGAUUCACUGUUGUUCUUGGAUCGGAAACGCUCUUCACAGGCGGUACUAGAAUUCGUACCAGCGAUGUGGUCACCCAUCCGCUUUGGCAUCCAGCAUUUAUGCACAAUGACGUUGCCAUGAUUCGUUUACCCGAACAUGUUGUGUUAUCCGAUACUAUCGGAACUGUUUCCUUGCCCAGUGGAUUUGAAGUUUUUGAUGACUUUACUGGUCAAGUGGUUACAGCUGCAGGAUAUGGACUUACAAACGACGUUGACACUAUCAAUAAAAAUCAGUUGUUAAAUUUCGUCAAUAUGACUGUCAUCUCUAACGAAAUAUGCAACGUCGCCUUCUUCGGUAACAUUCGUCCAUCAAACCUUUGCACGAACACCCUCGGUGGUAACAGCACAUGCCGUGGUGACUCUGGUGGUCCACUUGUUGUACAAAGAGGAGACAGGACUGUUCUGCUAGCACUUAUAAUUCUGUCCUUAGCGGCCUUUGGGUCCGCCGAUUUAUUGAACAACAUACUUACUCCAAAUACGGCUUAUGGAUACUUGACUAAAUAUGGUAUACCUGAAGCCGAAAGGAUCAAGAAAGCUGAAGAAGAAUAUCUGCGAAACAAACCCUUUAUAGGCAGAAUUGCUGGCGGCUCUCCUGCUGCACUUGGACAAUUCAAAUACCAGGCCGGUCUCAUAAGUGAUAUCCUUGGUAGCUCAGGAAAAGGGGUAUGCGGAGGUUCUCUUCUUACCACAAACCGAGUGUUAACAGCUGCUCAUUGUUGGGACGAUGGAAGAAGCAAAGCCUGGAGAUUCACUGUUGUUCUUGGAUCGGAAACGCUCUUUACAGGCGGUACUAGAAUUCGUACCAGCGAUGUGGUCACCCAUCCACUUUUCCAUCCAGCAUUUAUGCACAAUGACGUUGCCAUGAUUCGUUUACCCGAACGUGUUGUGUUAUCCGAUACUAUCGGAACUGUUUCCUUGCCCAGUGGAUUUGAAGUUUUCGAUGACUUUACUGGUCAAGAGGUUACAGCUGCAGGAUAUGGACUUACAAACGACGUUGAUACUAUCAAUAAAAAUCAAUUCUUAAAUUUUGUCAAUAUGACUGUCAUCUCUAACGAAAUAUGCAACAUCGCUUUCUUCGGUAACAUUCAGCCAUCGAACAUUUGCACGAACACCCUCGGUGGUAACAGCACAUGCCGUGGUGAUUCUGGUGGUCCACUUGUGGUACAAAGAGGAGACAGGACUGUGCUGGUUGGUGUUACGUCAAUGUCCAAUUUUCUGGGAUGUGAAUUUGGCUAUCCGGUAGUGUUCUCGAGAGUAACAUCGUUCCUUGGAUUUAUUAACAACAAUAUGUAA